UGCGGGAGCGCAGCGAUGGACACCUUACCGAGGACGAGGCGGGUCUCCAGCUACAGGGAGGAGCAGGAGGCAGUCAUUCGCGCUGCUUCCAUGCCUGUGCCUUCCCAGUAUGUGCACGACUACGACCCGCCACGAAACGCUAUGACGCAGCGGGAGGACGUUAUCAAAUUCGAGCAGGGCCGCAUUCGCGCCCUGCAGGAGGAGCGUCUUGCCAUCCAGAAAAAGACUUUCACAAAAUGGAUGAACUCUUUCCUCCAAAAGGCAAGAAUGGAAGUGGACGAUCUAUUUACCGAUUUGGCGGAUGGGAAGAAGCUGCUGAAGUUGCUGGAAAUAAUCUCCGGUGAGAAGCUCGGCAAACCCAACAACGGCAAAAUGCGCGUCCACAAAGUGGAGAACGUCAACAAAUCUCUCGCCUUCUUGCACACCAAGGUUCGUUUAGAAAGUAUUGGAGCAGAAGAUAUUGUCGAUGGAAAUCCCAGACUCAUUCUUGGCCUGAUCUGGACAAUUAUUCUUCGUUUCCAGAUUCAAGAAAUUGAAAUAGAUGUGGAUGAAGAAAAUGAGAGCAGUGAAAAGAAAUCUGCAAAAGAUGCACUGCUCCUCUGGUGUCAAAGGAAGACUAGUGGUUACCCUGGUGUCAAUAUUCAAGACUUCACUGGUUCAUGGCGAAGUGGGCUUGGUUUCAAUGCACUGAUUCACGCUCACAGACCAGAUUUGAUUGAUUAUGCUGCUCUACAGCCCCAUAAGCACAUAGACAACCUUAACAAUGCGUUUGAUGUUGCCAACACAGAGCUUGGUAUUCCACGUCUGCUGGAUGCUGAAGAUGUGGACCAGGCAAGGCCAGAUGAAAAAUCCAUCAUAACCUAUGUAGCAUCAUACUACCACACAUUUGCAAGAAUGAAGAAUGAAAUGAAGAGUGGAAGACGAAUAGCGAAUAUUGUUGGGCAAAUGAUGGAUGCCGAUAAGAAAAAAGUGUUUUAUGAGAAACUCACUACAGAUUUACUAGAAUGGAUAAGACAGAAAGUAACAGAACUGGAAGAUAGAAAUUUUCCAAAUUCUCUAGAAGGUAUUCAGAAGGAGCUCUUGAGAUUCAAACAGUAUAGAACAGUUGAGAAACCACCAAAGUACAAAGAACGCAGUGAAAUUGAAGCUCUGUAUUUCCACAUCAAUACCCAACUGAAAUCUCUGAACCAGCCUGCAUUUGCUCCUCAAGAUGGGCAGCUGAUACAUGAUUUGGAGCGUAGUUGGGAAGGUCUAGAGCAUGCUGAGCAUCGUAGGGAAGUUGCUCUGCGCCAGGAGCUCUUGCGGCAGGAGAGACUUGAGCAGCUCAGUUACAAGUUUGAACGAAAGAGUGUGUUACGAGAAGGCUACUUGAAAGAAAUGAUCCAAGUUCUUUCUGACCCUCGCUAUGGCAGUAAUCUGGCUCAGGUGGAUGCCACCGUUAAGAAGCAUGAAGCCAUCAGUGCUGAUAUCAUGGCAAGGGAGGAACGUUUUCAUGAUCUAACAAAUAUGAAAGAAGAACUUGUCCGUGAGAAUUACCAUGGUAAAGAACGAGUAGAGCGACGUGAGAAUGAAGUUCUACAACACUGGCAUGAAUUGCUUGAAUUACUUGACCGUCACAAAACAAAUCUCACAACUAUGUGUUCUCUCAUGGCUUUGUUAAGAGAGAUUGACACUGUAAUGGCAACUAUAGAAGAACUGCAGAUGACUUUCCAGUCUGUUGAUGUUGGUCCACAUCUAAUUGGUGUUGAAGACUUACUGCAGAAACACAGUCUAGCAGAACUGCAAGUCACCUCCUUAGGCGAAACACAGCGCCGAUUAGGUAGACAAGGGCAGGCAUUUCUCAGUCAUAGAGAGGCCCCAUUGCUGCGAGAACGUCUUAAAAGUCUCGACAGUGCUUAUUUAAGCCUUGUGCAGAGCAGUGAAAAUAGGAGGGCACGCCUUGAAGAAGCUAGAAACUUUUUUCAGUUUUUGCAAGACCAUGAAGAGGAAGAAUCAUGGCUCAUUGAGAAACAACGUAUUUGCAAAGCUGGAAUAUCAGCAAAGGAUUUACGAGCUGUUCUGAGCUUACAACAGAAGCAUAAGGUUCUUCAAGAUGAGAUGAAAGCACGUAGACCAAAGUCAGAGCAGUUGUGUGAAGCAGGUCGACGCCUGAUUGAAACAAAGCACCCGUCAUCAAGCGAAAUUCAAGUCCGCAUUGAUAGCCUUCAAGAACACUGGAAGAUGUUACAGGAAUUGGCAGCUUUACGAAAGAAGCAGCUAGAAGAUGCUGCAGAAGCCUAUCAGUUCUACACUGACGCAAAUGAAGCUGAAUCUUGGUUAAAUGAGAAGAUGGCUCUUGUUGCAUCCACUGACUUUGGUGAAGAUGAACCCAGUGCUCAGGCUCUGCUGCAGAGGCAUCGUGAUUUGCAAGGAGAGCUAUAUGCAUACAAAGGUGACAUCCAGAGUCUCAACACACAGGCAGAGAAGCUUGUGAAAGCAGGAAUAUCUACACUUGAGCUGUCAAGUGAACCAGAAAUUGCACCCGAACUGGAACAAGAGGAGUGGGUGGAUGAAAUGCGCCUCGUACCACAGGAGUACUGGGAUGAAGAACCUGUUGAGCGUGUUGAGGAGAGAGUAGUAGUAGAGGAAAGAGCAAUUCCACAAGUCAUGGGUAUAUAUGACUUCAGUGGCCAAGGCAUGCAUAUGAAGAAGAAAGAGGUUCUUCUGUUGUUAAAUAAGACCAAUUCAGAUUGGUGGAAUGUCCGAAGGGAAGAUGGCACAGAUGGUUUUGUACCUGCCAAUUAUGUUCGUGAAAUUGAGCCGAAAGUGGUCAAAGUGCAAGUACGCAGGCCUGAAAAAGUACGUGAAAUGCGCCGUGUCAAGAAAACUCGAAUGGUCAAACAAGUUGUGCCUGUGCGGAAAACGCAACAGAAGUCUCCAUCAAAACCCCUGAAGCGUAAGUUGACAGAUGGAAAUGAUAAUGUGGAGAAGAGACAAAAAAAGAUCAAUGCUACUUACAACCAGCUGUUAGAUUUAGCUCAGAAAAGGCAUGCCCUCCUUGAGGAUGCCAUCAGACUGUUUGGAUUCUAUCGUGAGUGUGAUGACUUUGAAAAAUGGAUCAAAGACAAGGAACGCAUGUUGAGAGCUGAUGACUCAAAUGAAAAUGUUGAGUCAGCUAAACGUAAAUAUGAGAAAUUCCUAACUGAUCUCUCUGCCAGUAGCAAGCGAGUGGAGGCUCUUGAUGCUGCAGUAGAUGAAUUUGUACGUCAAGGUCACAGUCAACUGGACAAAGUUAGAGCACGUCAGAGGCACAUUCAUCAACUGUGGGAUAAUCUAAAUCGGCUGAAGGCCCAAAAAGAGCGCAGUUUGGAGGGUGCCUCCAGCGUGGAACUUUUCAAUCGAACAUGUGAAGAAGCUCGUGACUGGAUGUUGGAGAAAAUGAUGCAGUUGGAUACUGCAGAGCUGGGGCCUGAUCUAAAAACUGUGCAGGCAUUACAGAGGCGACACCAACAGCUUGAACGAGAACUUGCUCCUGUUGAGGAGAAAGUGAAACGUGUAAAUCUGCUGGCGGCAUCGGUUCAGGCAUCAUAUCCUAAUGAAAGGUCAAAUGUGAAUGAACGUCAAAGAGAGAUUCAGGAUUUAUGGCAGAAAGUGAAGGCAAAAGCAGCAGAACGCCGCUCCAGACUUGAGGAUGCUGUAGGUUUACAAAUCUUUAUGAACAGUUCAAAAAAUUUGCUGGGGUGGGUUGCUUCAGUCAAACAAGCUCUAAAUGCAUUUGAGAGUGCGCGUGAUGUUGCAACUGCUCAAAACUUGAUAAAGAACCAUCAGGAACUGGGAGAUGACAUUAGAGCACAUGAAGACGAGUUUCAUGAAUUGGCUUUGCUGGGUCAGCAGCUGUUGCAACGGAACCCUAAUCAGCCAGAUGUGGAAGAGCUGUUGGCUCGUCUGGAACAGGAACAUGAAGCAGUUAUUCGUGGAUGGGAUGAAAAGGGAGACUGGCUCAGGCAGUGUCUUGAUCUGCAGUUACUGAAUCGGGAAGCAGACCAAAUUGAUGCUACUACUUCCAGUCAUGAAGUAUUCCUGGCAAACACUGAACUUGGAGGUUCACUGGAUGAUGUUGAAGCCCUAAUCAAAAGACAUGAUGACUUUGAAAAUACUUUGUUUGCACAAGAUGAACGUCUCAAAGCAUUUAGUGAAAUGGCAGAUAAGCUAAUUCAUGCUGGCCACUAUGACAGCAAGCAUAUAGAUGAACGUCGGAACCAAGUAAUUGCUCGACGACAGGCUGUAAAAGAGGCAGCUCAAGUACGAAGAGCAGCCCUCGUAGCAUCUCGUGAUUUUCAAGAUUUUUCUGCUGAUGUUCAUGACCUACAAGGAUGGCUCAGUGACAAGAUGCGAACAGCUUCAGAUGAAUCAUAUCGUGAUCUUUCAAAUCUUGAAAGAAAACUGCAGAAACAUGAAGCAUUCGAAAGAGAAUUAAGGGCAAAUGAAGGCCAGUUACGUGCAGUCAACAAGAGAGGUAUGGGCCUGAUCUCAGAAGGAAAUUACAGAGCUCCGGAAGUACAGGCAAUGCUUGAAGACCUUAAUACAACUUGGGAGCGUCUUGUAGAUCUUUCUUUGGAUAAAGGUCGGCGGUUGCGUCAGGCUGCAGCCCAACACACAUAUAAUCGCACUGUUGAUGAUGCAAGACUGAAGCUUGACGAGAUUGAUGCUAGUUUGCAGAGCAAAGAGCUAGGAUCAGAUCUGCGGCAUUGUAAAGAGAUGCUUAACAAGCAUCAGGCUUUGGAGGCUGACAUGAAGCAGUGGAAUCAAAGAAUUAAUGAUCUGGUAAUGAUGGGAGAAGAAAUGGCUCAUGAAGGACACUUUGAUGCUGAUAAUAUUUUGAAGGCCAGCAGGAAUUGCCAAGAAAAGUUUUCUGCACUUCGUGAGCCUGCUAGACUCCGCCGAGAAGCCCUAGAGGAAUCUCUACGUUUCCAUAAAUUUGGUUUUGAGUUGGAUGCAGAGAUGCAGUGGAUUAGGGAGCAUCUGCCACUGGCAGCUUCUGAAGCUUUAGGACAGAAUUUGCACCAAGCUCAGUCCCUGCACAAGAAACACAGAAAACUGGAAGAGGAGAUAGCUGGGCACCAGCCAAUGAUUGAUCGUACCAUGGCCUCCGGCCAAGCUCUUAUUGAACAAAAGCAUCCUGAAACUAAGCAGAUCAGGAAACUGUGUGAUACAUUAAGUGAAGCAUGGCAAGACUUGCAAGAUAAAGCACAAGAACGCAGUAGGAAACUAGAUUUGUCACUCAAAGCACAAGAAUUCUUCUUUGAGGCAGGUGAAGUUGAAAGCUGGAUGGGUGAAAAGAAUGAUGUUCUCAGCUCAACAGAUUAUGGACGUGAUAGAGAUGCUGCAACCAAGUUAUUGACCAAACAUAAGGCUCUGGAGCUAGAAAUUGAUACGUAUGGAGGCAUAGUGAAUGAAAUGGGUCGAACAGCAACAGCUAUGGUUAAUUCACAGCAUCCCGACUCCAAGGCAAUUGCUAGUAAGCAACAAGCCUUACAGCAACAAAUGAGAACACUGCAGCGCCUGGCUGCUACGCGGCAGCAGCGCUUGAUGGAGUCAAUGUAUCGCCAUGAGUACUUCUUGGAGAGUGCUGCACUUGAGCAAUGGAUUCAUGAGCAGGAGCAGACAGCGUCUUCAGAAGAUUAUGGCCAGGAUUAUGAGCAUUUGCUGCUACUACAAAACAAGUUUGAUGACUUCAAACACCGGAUUGAGGCUGGGUCAGAAAGAUUUAACCAGUGUGAAGAACUAGCAAGAAAACUUAUUGUGAAUGAAAGUCCAUAUAUUGGUGAUAUUGAGAAACAGCUGGAGCAUCUAGGUCAGACUGAUGGUGGUAAGGGCCAGGAUGACCCGGUGAUGGAAGUGACAAGAAGGCAUGCACAUAUUCGGGAAUGCUGGCAGCACUUAAUGGCACUUAUUGAAAACCGUGAGCAGAGAUUGCAGGCCGCAGGUGAGAUCCAUCGCUUCCAUCGGGAUGUGGCAGAGGCAUUGUCGAGAAUACAGGAGAAGAAUGCUGCCUUGCCUGAUGAUCUUGGUAGAGAUCUCAAUUCUGUAUUAGCACUUAUUCGCAGGCAUGAGAGUUUUGAGAAUGAUCUAGUAGCACUGGAAGCACAGUUGCAGGUGCUGGUUGAGGAUGCAGUUAGAUUACAAGCAGCUUAUCCAGGACAAAAUGCUGCACAUAUAGCACAGCAACAGGCUGUGGUAAUAAGCUGUUGGACAGCAUUGCAAGAGCGUGCAACCAGCCGCACCCAGGAGCUACAUGCCAGCUGUGACCUACACAAGUUCCUUGCACAGGUGCGUGACCUAAUAAACUGGGCAUCAGGUCUUAGAGCCACAAUGAUGACAGAAGAGAAAGUACGUGAUGCUGCAAGUGCUCAGACUUUGAAGGCCGAACAUGAAGCACUUAAAGCAGAAAUAGAGGCCCGUGAGGAAAAUUUCCAGGCUGUGGUGGAGCUAGGAGAAAGCAUGGUGCAGGAUGGACACUAUGCUGCACAGGAAAUACAAGAACGGUAUGAACAGUUGUUAGAAGAGAGACAGAGGCUUCACACAGCUUGGCAGCAUAAGAAGGUUCAUCUUGACCAGCUGAUUGACCUGCACUUCUUUCUCAGAGAUGCAAAGCAAAUUGAUACAAUUAGUAGUACACAAGAGGCAGCUUUGGCUAGUACAGACUUUGGAAGCACAGUAGAAGAGGUGGAUGCCCAGUUGAAAAAACAUGAUGCUUUUGAGAAGCUUCUUAUUGCUCAGGAAGAGAAGGUUUUGGCAUUGCAAGAACAUGGUGACAAGCUGCUGGCACAAAAUCACUUUGAAAGUGGUACCAUUGCCAAACGACUUCGUGAUGUGGUAGCGAGGCGAGCUCGUGUAAGAGAUCUUUGUGCUGCUCGACGACAUAGGCUAGAAGAAGCCCUGCUCCAUGCUCAGUUUAUUCGUGAUGUCGCUGAGGCUGAAUCAUGGAUUGGUGAGAAACAGAAGAAACUUGAAGCUGAAGUAAGCAAGGGUGAAGUUAACAGCAUUGAAGACAAAAUUAAGAAAUUGCAAAAACAUCAAGCUUUCCAAGCUGAAUUGGUUGCACAUGAGACAAUGAUCCAGCAAAUAAGAGAGAAGGGUGAAAUGCUGCUUGCGAAGAAACACAAAGCAUCACGUGAAAUUCGUUCCCAGCUUGAACAUCUGCUCGCAGCAUGGCGUCAGCUUUUGAAAGACUCAAAUAAUCAUGGUCAAGGGUUGGAAGAAGCCCAAGAUAUUUUGGAGUUCAACAACCAAGUGGAAAAGAUUGAGUCGUGGAUAAGAGACAAGGAAAUGAUGGUUCAAGCUGGUGACACUGGCCGUGACUAUGAGCACUGCUUGGAGCUUCAACGUAAACUUGAUGAUGUUGAUUCAGAUAUGCGAGUUGAUGACUCUCGUAUGAAGUCGAUCAAUGUUCUGGCAGAAAAGCUGAUUAGGCAAGGUCGUAGUGAUACUCGUAGCGUACACCAGCGCCGAGAUGACUUGAACAGCAAAUGGCGUGCUCUACAGGGUUCUUUGAGUAAAUAUAGGGAAAAAUUAGCUGGAGCUCUGGAAGUACAUGCAUUCAAUCGUGAUGUGGAUGAUACAAGUCAGAGAGUUGCAGAAAAGGCAGUUGCAAUGAGCUCAGAGGAUGUAGGACGUGAUCUAUCAGCUGUAGAGCAGUUGCAGAGGAAACACGAAGAACUUGAAAGGGAUAUGAUUGCUAUUGAAGACAAGCUGAAGGAUCAUGAGCAUGAAGCACGCCGCUUGAUGCAAAAACAUCCAGACAUUCGUGGCAAAUUGGCCGAGUUGGCAGAAAGCUGGCGUGCUCUUCAGCAGCUUGCUCAUCAGAGACGGAAAGCAUUAUCUGCUGCUCACACAUUACACAAAUUUCAUGCAGAUUUGCAUGAACUUGAACUGUGGGUUGCUGAUACGAUUAAACGUAUAGAUUCGUCAGAGCUGCCAGCCACAAUUGCUGAAGCAGAGGCUAUGCUUGAAUUACACCAUGAAAGAAAGGCAGAAAUAGAUGGCCGUCAAGAAACAUUCCGUGCUUUGAAAGAGAGUGGCAUAGCAUUGGGAGCAGAUGUUGAGAAUAGUUUAGCACACCUGGAAGAAUUACGUCGGACUCUUGGAGCUGCUUGGGAUGACAGACGUCAGAAACUGAACCAGGCACUUGAACUGCAGCAGUUCCGUGCUCAGGCUGAUCAAGUGGACAGCUGGUUGGCCACGAAAGAGGCAUUCCUAAACAAUGACGACUUGGGGGAUUCUCUGACCAGUGUAGAAGCUCUGUUGCGAAAACACGAAGCAUUUGAAAAGACGCUAGCAGCACAAGCAGGCCGUGUUGAAGAACUAGAGCGGUUUGCACAUGAACUAGUUGCUGAACACCACUAUGAUAGUGCAGGUGUUUCGCAACGUCUCGGCGCUGUGUGUACACGCUGGAAUCGACUCAGGGAAAGCGCUGCAAACAGGCGAUGCAGACUCCAGGAAUCUCGACAACUGCAACAGUUUCUUCGCAAUAUGUAUGAGGUGGAAGGGUGGAUCCAUCAGAAAAUGCAAACAGCUAGUGAUGAAAACUACCGUGAUCAGUCAAAUCUUCAGAGCAAGAUACAGAAACAUGCAGCCUUUGAGUCUGAGCUCUCUGCAAAUCGUGGUCGUGUAGCUGCUGUGUCUGACGAAGGAGAGACACUAAUUGGUGCAGGGCACUUUGCAAGCAUGGAGAUUAGAACCAGACUUGAUGAGUUAGAUACUGCAUGGAGGCAGCUGCAAGAAAAGUCACACCUCAAGAGGGAGAGACUGAAUGAUGCCUACCAGGCUUUAUUGUUUGGCCGCACUUUAGAUGAAUUAGACACUUGGAUGGAUGAAGUUGAAUUGCAGCUACAAUCAGAGGACCAUGGAAGAGACUUGGCAAGUGUCACUCAUCUAUUAAAGAGACAUUCACUGUUAGAAAAUGAUGUGCAUAGCCAUGCUGAGACAGUGGAACAAGUGAAGGAUCAGGCUGCUGCCUUUAAACGCUCCAACCAUUUCAUGUGUGAUGAAAUCCAAGAACAUGCAACUGCUGUUAUUAAGAGGUACCAUUCCCUUCAAGAGCCAAUGCAAAUAAGGAGAGAGAAUUUGGAAGAUGCGUUACUCCUGCAGCAAUUCCUAAGAGAUACAGAAGAUGAACUGCAAUGGAUAGCAGAAAAAGAGCCAUUGGCUGCAUCUACAGAUUUGGGAAACAGUCUGAUAGCAGUUCAAAGCCUUCAGAAAAAGCAUCAGGCACUGGAGGCUGAACUUGCAACAAGAGAGCCUGUUGUUGCCAGUCUUUCCAGUAGAGCACAACAAAUGAUUCGCAGUGGCCACUUUGCCUCAGCAAGAAUAGAGAACUGCAGCUCAGAACUUGUUGAACGGUUUGCUCAUUUGAGAGAUUUGGCAAGUGUGAGAAGGCUGAGACUGUUGGAUGCAGUUGAAUCGCAAAUGUUUUAUGCAGAGGCUAAUGAGGCAGAAACAUGGCUUAGAGAAAAGAAACCCUUUGCAACAUCUACAGAUUCUGGAAAAGAUGAGGAUUCAGUGCAGUCGCUGAUGAAGAAGCUGGAAGGUCUUGAACGUGAUCUUAAGUCAUUUGAAAACAAUAUUAUACGUCUUUCUAAAUUAGCAAAAGGAUUAGUAGAAAGGGGACACUUUGAUAGUCAGAAUAUCAAGGAAAAACAAGCCGAGAUUGAAGCACAGUUCAAAGAGCUCCAACAAUUAUGUGAGCAGCGUAUGAUGCGAUUACAAGAGUCGCAGAAGUUUUUCAGAUUUCUUCGUGAAGCUGAUGAGGUUUCAGAAUGGAUAGGUGACCAGACAGUUCUGGCUGCAUCUGAGGAUUAUGGUCGUGAUGUGGAACACGUUGAACUACUUAUUCAGACGUUUGAAUCCUUCCUUUCUGGAUUAGCUGCCAGUGAAAAUCGUGUUAUUUCCUGCUUAGAUACUGGCAGAGCUCUUAUCGCUGAGGAAAAUGCAGAGGCAGAACGUAUCCGUGUUAAACUUGAUGACACCCAGCAGCAGUGGGAAGACUUAAAGGAGCUGGCCCAUGCACGUCAGGAGGCCUUAGCUGGAGCAAAGCAAGUACAUGUUUUUGAUCGUACUGCUGAUGAAACUAUUGCAUGGAUCCAAGAAAAGGAAGCAAAUUUAUCAACAGAAAGCUAUGGGCAAGAUCUUGAAACCAUCCAGGUUCUGGUUCGCAAGCAUCAGGGAUUUGAGACGGAUUUGGCAGCUGUGAAAGAGCAGGUUGAAAUGGUGGGCGAGGAAGCUAGCAGACUUGCAGAUUUGUUCCCUGAUGCCAGGGAUCACAUUGAAGUGAAACAUGAAGAUACCUUAGAGGCAUGGAAUGACUUGCUGGAAAAGGCUGCUCAGAGGAAGGACAAAUUGCACCAGGCAGCAGAACUUCAGGCUUACUUUGAUGAAUAUCGAGAUCUAAUGGCAUGGAUUAAUGAGAUGAUUGCUAAGCUUACAGCUCCAGAACUGGCUCAAGAUGUUGCAGGUGCUGAAGCCCUCAUUAACAGGCAUGAGGAGUACAAUCAAGAAAUACUUGCACGGACUGAUUCUUUCACAAAUUUCUACGAUAAAGGGGAUGAUCUGAUAAGGAAGGGACAUUUCUUGGCCAAUGAAAUUGAAGAAAAAAUAAAUGUUCUGAAACAGCGAGAAAGGUUAUUGCACGAAACCUGGAGGGAACGACACAAUCUUUACAAACUUAAUCUUGAUACGCAGCAAUUCAAAAGAGAAGCUGAUCAACUGGAAUCAUGGAUAGUAUCUCGUGAACCAAUUUUGCUUGAUGGGAAGCUUGGUGAUACUAUUGCUCAAGUAGAAGAUCUAAUUCGAAAACACGAUGAUUUUGAGAAGACAAUUGAAGCUCAAGAAGACAAAUUCAAUGCACUGCAUCGCAGAACACUGCUGGAAGAAGAAUUCCAAAAGCAACAAGAGAAAGAACAAGCUGCUCGCAUGGCUGAGAGGGAACGCAUUGAAAGAGAACGGCUGGAAGCUCGUAAGAGGAGAGAGGUUCAACGUAUCACUGAUGAAAGGCGAAAGGAAGAUGAGAGGAGACGUACUCAGGAGUUAAGACCUUUGAGGGAUGAAAUGAGUGGAAUAUCCAACCAGAUGGAUCACACAUCAAGCCCACACAUGAUCACUCUACAGCCACCAGAAACAACUGGUUUACCAAAGACGGGUACUCCUCAAAUCCUUGUAGAUCAGCAGAGACGAGAUAUAAAACGGGCUGAGAGUAUGAAAAUAGAAACAAAGAAGCCAAAGCGCACUCCGAGCUUUACAACACGAAGACGUACUCAAAGCUUCCGCAAACUACAAAGAAUGGAACAGCCUGAACAUCUUCCACCAGUAGAAAUUAAAGGAAUGCUUGAUCGUAAACAUGAGCUGCAGAGUGGAGGGAAAAAGGCUCCAGUUAGGUCGUGGAAAGCAUUUUAUACAGUUCUUUGUGGUCAACUUCUCUGUUUCUUCAAAGAUAGUGAAGAUUUUCUUGCAAGCAAGGCAGCUACCUCACCCGUUAAUAUAUUAAAUGCACGUUGUGAAAAAGCUGGAGAUUAUACAAAAAGAAAACAUGUUUUCAGGCUCUGUCUUACUGAUGGCUCUGAGUACCUGUUCUUGGCCAGUACAGAGGAAGAAAUGGAAGACUGGGUGAACAAAAUAUCUUUCCAUGCAAACCUGCAGCCUCAGUUUCAGCUUCUGAGCUAUGAUUCUCAAAAGAGCCCAGCAAGCCAAGAGAGGCUGUCAGCAUUUGGUGCAGAUGAUGCAGAUGGGGAUGGAAGCUCUGUCUCUAGUCAUGCAUCUACUCCAGAAUUUCCACGGCGGUCAGAACCAGUGCCCACACAAACACAGAUCCUGCAGCAAAUGCAGCAGUCGAGGCCACCUGUCCCACCUCGUGGCGCCCCACCCCCUGUGCCUGCCCGUUCACCGAGCACUGAGGCCGUUACCCUGAGGCCAAAGCCUAUGCCUGGUGUAAUGGACACAGGCCGACCACAUUCGUAUCAACCAACAUCACGUGAAGAGCAGCUUCAUCAGAAUGGUGUUCCUCCAGCAGAUUCGUGGCGCCGCAGUCAUCCUGACAGCCAGUUAGAGCUACCUCCCCCUCUGCCCUCCUCUGCACCCCCACAUAGGACAUUUUUGUCAACUUCAGCUGGACGUGGAGAGAUUCCCCAGGAUCAUUGGCAACAGGAGCACACAGGUUUCCACCACCAGGUUUAUGGGAACAUCACACCACAAGCUAGACAGGCAUCACUGCCACCAGACUACAGUUCUCGACUAUCAUCUUUAUCAGCAUACAGUGCCAGUUCUGGGCCUGGAGGAGCUGGUGGAUUGGAGGGUCAACGUCCUAGUGAGAGCUCGUCUGAGAGUGAACAGCAUGCACCCAGUACACGCAAGGAUAAAGACAAACGAACCAGUAAUGUCCUCAGCAAACUGUUCCGUCAGAAACGUGCUACACAUCUUUGAGUGUUAUUUGUGGUGAAGUGCACUGCCAGUUUCCAUGUGGACGGCUUAAGCCGAGGCAAACUUAAUAGUAGUGUUAUGGAGAAAAGUGCAGCUAUGGUCUCAUUAGUACGGCUAA